AUGCCGCCUCACCGUGUCCCAAAGCUCCCCCGCGCCAGACCCUCCGAGGUCUUUUGCAUGGGCGCCGCAGGGGUGGGAGUCCUGACUCCGCUGUACCUCGUUAUGCCCGGCGCCGAGGAGCGGCUGGCUCGCCAGACGACCAAGUGGGCUCCUCGUUGGGAGCGCAACAUCAGCUACUUUGCGCCGCCCGUCGAGCGCACUGUCCAGCGCAUCGAGCCUCCCGUUGCCAGGGCCAUUCAACGAGUCGAAAGCCGGCUGCCACUCGAGAAGAUGGCCAAGCAAGUUGACGCCGGCAUCCGCAACGGCAUUGGUCGCUUUGGCCCGUCCAAGCCGGUUUCGUCCCCGCCUCCAGCGUCGGCAUCAUAA